UUGUGUACAUAUUCAACCUUUUGAGGCCUUAUUUUCUCUUCUCUCUGAGAAAAGAUGGCGGCAGCAACUCCUUUUAGCCCAACAUCUCAUCACCAACCACGCUCGAAAAGCUUGCCAACCAGACCGCAUCCGAUCAUACUACAAUGCAACCAGCAUUUGGCUAAUCUAGAGGCUUCAGAUGCAUCUUCACCUACAUCAUCUUUGUUAAGGCACAAACUAACUGAUCUGCAAACUCUGCAUGAUUGUGUUGAAAAGUUGGUUUUGCUGCCACUUACUCAAGAAGUCCUUGUCCAAGAGCAUCAAGAAAAAUGGGUUGAUGAACUCUUGGAUGGAUCUCUAAGGCUCUUAGAUGUAUGCACUGCAGCAAAGGACGCCCUGCUACAUACAAAGGAAUGCGCACGCGAGGUUCAAUCGAUCAUCAGAAGAAAAAGGGGUGGUGAGAUGGAAGUUGCAGCUGAGGUAAGGAAAUUCUUGGCUUCUAGGAAGGUUGUAAAAAAGGCAAUCCUCAAAGCCUUGUCGAAUUUGAAGACCACGGCAAAGAAAGGAAAAUUCUGUCCUAGCAACAAGGAUCAGCAAACUGUGUCUUUGGUUAGCCUCCUGAAAGAUGUGCAGGUUAACACACUUUCCACAUUGGAGUCAUUGCUCAACUUUAUAUCCGGACAAACGCAAUCGAAAUCAAGUAACUGGUCCUUGGUUUCUAAGCUAAUGCUCAACAAUGCUAAGAAGAUUUCUUGCACACAAGAGGGGGAUCAGAAUGAGUUCUCCAAAGUAGAUGCUGCAUUGCAAUCCUUUGUGUUACUUACAAGCAAGCCAGACAGUAUCUCCAACUUGCAGAACCAACUGGAGAAUUUGGAGUCUGUCAUUCAAGACUUUGGAGAAGGAUUAGAAACUCUUUUCAAAAGAUUUAUCAAGAUUAGAGUUUCCCUCCUCAACAUCCUGAAUCACUAGUUGUAUAAAUGAGGCACAAGUGAUUUUUUGU